AUGUAUGCAUGCAAUUUAUUUAUGCAUCUAUUGUUGUUGUUGUUCAGUUGCCAAGUCUAUUGUUGUUGUUGUUCAGUUGCCAAGUCUGUUGUUGUUGUUGUUCAGUUGCCAAGUCGUGUCCAACUGUUUAACCCAGGCGCCCAGGACAUGGUCGCUGUCCACAUGCUCCGGCUUUAUGAGAAAUACAGCCGAAGGGGCGCGAGGCCGGGAGGGGGCAACACGGUCCGCAGUUUCCGUGCCCGGCUGGAAGUGGUCAACCAGAAGGCCGUGUAUUUCUUCAACCUGACUUCCAUGCAAGAUUCAGAAAUGAUUCUGACGGCCACAUUCCACUUCUACUCAGAACCACGGUGGCCCCCGGCGCGUGAAGUACCCUGCAAACAGCGGGCCAAGAAUGCAUCCUGCCGCCUGCUGCCCCCUGGCCCACCCGCACGCCAGCACUUGCUCUUCCGCAGCCUCUCGCAGAACACGGCUACUCAGGGGCUGCUCCGUGGGGCCAUGGCCCUGCCGCCCCCGCCACGAGGCCUGUGGCAGGCCAAGGACAUCUCCCUCAUUGUCAAGGCGGCCCGCCGGGAUGGCGAGCUGCUCCUGUCUGCUCAGCUGGAUUCUGGGGAGAAGGACAUGGGGGUACCCAGGCUCAGCCCUCACGCACCCUACAUUCUUAUCUAUGCCAAUGACCUGGCCAUCUCAGAGCCCAACAGCGUGGCGGUGACACUGCAGAGAUACGAUCCCUUCCAGGCUGGGGACCCAGAGCCUGGUGCAGCCCCCAACAGCUCAGCAGACCCCCGAGUGCGCCGGGCCACGCAGGCCACCGGGCCCCUCCAGAAUAAUGAGCUGCCUGGGCUGGAUGAGAGGCCAGAACAUGCCCCUCACGCCCAGCACUACCACAAGCACGAGCUGUGGCCCAGCCCCUUCCGUGCACUGAAGCCACGGCCAGGCCGCAAGGACCGCAGGAAGAAGGGCCAGGAUGUGUUCAUGGCCUCCUCACAGGUGCUGGACUUUGACGAGAAGACGAUGCAGAAAGCCCGGAAGAAGCAAUGGGAUGAGCCACGGGUCUGUUCCCGGAGGUAUCUGAAGGUGGACUUCGCGGACAUAGGGUGGAAUGAAUGGAUCAUCUCACCCAAGUCUUUCGACGCCUACUACUGCUCAGGAGCCUGCGAGUUCCCCAUGCCCAAGAUGGUCCGCCCAUCCAACCACGCCACCAUCCAGAGCAUCGUCAGGGCCGUGGGCAUCGUCCCAGGCAUCCCAGAGCCGUGCUGUGUUCCCGACAAGAUGAGCUCUCUUGGGGUCCUUUUCCUGGAUGAGAACCGGAACGUGGUUCUGAAGGUGUACCCCAACAUGUCUGUGGAGACCUGUGCCUGCCGGUAA